CUGACAUCGUGGCUCGACAUGGAAUGAUCAACAGUCACAAUUCAGAAAGCAAAAGAUCAGAUUAGAUGGAGAGAAAUGAUCAUCUACGCUGAAUGGCACGGCACUUGAUUGAUUGAUAUCAAAAAUGGUCAAAGUGACUCUAAAUGUUUCCAAAACUAGAUUGAAAUUGUCCAAAAUCUAAACAUAUCCUAGCACUUGAAACUUGUCCAAACUGAUCAGAAAAUUGGCAAAAUAUGUGGAUAAAUUGUCCAGAAUGACUUAAAAUGUGUCUAUUUAUGACAAGUAUGAUGUGAAUCAACUUCCGGUGCGUUUAAGGUGAUUUCUGCAAACACAUCUAGCAUCCUAAACCUGCUGCCUGAGAGGAAACUGCUGUUUGAGCAGCGUCUGAUUGGCCAGAAGAAGGAGUUUCUGCUCUGAAUGAACUCUUGUUGCACAGCGGCACUGAAAAUACAAUAGCAGGGGUUAAAAACACUCUGGACAUGCUUCAAAUGUCAUGAAUGCUGACUUUUUAACUGCAGAAGCGUCGCGUCUCUGUGCCUUUCGCCUUGAAAACGUCGCUGUUCUGCGCGUAAUUCACAUAUUUGCUGAAGAACACCUGAACUGGGCUCCACAUGGCUCUGCUUUGGACCUGGAAUCUGAUCACAUGAUCUAAACGUUCAUUCAUGCUGCUGCUCUGACUCCCCCCUCCUGUCACGUUUUUUUUUCUCUCCAUCAGAUGAAGGUUUCUGUGCUCAGCCACUCCAUGCGCACCAGACUCUUCCUUUUUUUUCGCCCUCAGGAACGAUGGAACCAGUCUGGAAGUCGUUUGGAUAGAAAGAGUUUUUAAUUAACCAGGAGAACAUCUACUGGACCGUCUGCAGGUGUUUGAAUGUUUGCAGUGAAAUGGGCCUCGGACGCUUCAUUGGAGUGCUGUUUUGUGCAGCUGCUCUCGCAGUUUCUGCAGUUUGUGAAGCGAACAGGUGGAGCAGACAGGAACUUCCAGAGCUGCAGGUCAAACAUACAUCACUUUUAAACCCUCCUCAGUUCAGAGGACAGCAGCAGGAUGAGGACAGCGAAGGGAGGGAGACGCUUUGUGGAAUAGAGUGCCAAAGCAGCCUGCCGCCGGUGGACCUCGCCGAGCAGGAGAGGAUUCUGGGAUACGAGACGAUGCACGAAAAUGGCACUCGAAUGCACUCAGACAUCAGCCUGCAGGGAUUCAACAAGACGCAUUUGCCCGCGGGUCGAACCCGAAGGAAGCGGCAGGUUUACGGAGCCGAUGGACGCUUCGUGAUCUCGGACUCCCACUUCGUCACCAACUACCCGUUUUCCGCCACCGUCCGACUCUCCACCGGAUGCUCUGGAGUCCUCGUGUCUCCGAAACACGUUUUGACAUCCGCACGCUGCAUCCACGAUGGCAGGGACUACCUGGACGGCGCCCAGAGGCUGAGAGUUGGAGUGUUGCAGCUGAAGACGAAGAGACGGAGGCUGGGCGGGUGGAGGGGAGGAAGACGAAGGGCCGGGAGGAGGAAGAAAAAGAAGGAGGACGGAGAGGAGCAGCCAAUGAAUGAAGGCGAUGAGAAGAACAGCAUCGAUGGAGAUGUGGCGAGGAAGGGAGGCGGAAGACGGCGAGGAAGGAAAUCUGAGAAGAGAGAUGGAGGGAAAAGCCCCAAUCGGAUCCGACGCAGCGCCGAACCCAAGAAGCUGCCGGUGUUUCGAUGGACUCGAGUUAGAAAGCUGCAGAUCCCUCAGGGAUGGAUGCACGAUAAGAGCUCCAAUGUCUCCCCGGACUACGACUACGCCCUGCUGGAGCUGAGAAGGCCCAUCAAGCAAAAGCACAUGGAGCUCGGCGUGGCUCCAUUGGCGACCCCUCUGGCCCGAAUCCACUUCUCGGGCUUCGACGGCGACAAAAGCCUGCAGGACGGCAGUGGAAAUGAGAAGGUGGUUUAUCGUUUCUGCUCGGUGGUGAAGGAGUCAGACGACCUGAUGUACCAGCACUGUGAUGCCCAGCAAGGAGCGACCGGUGCCGGGGUUUACGUCCGCCUGAAACAGGAUGGUGGAGGCGGGAAGGGGAAGUGGCAGCGGAGGGUGAUCGGGGUGUUUUCGGGGCAUCGGUGGGUGGAGGUGGAAGGAGGCGAGCUGAGGGACUUUAACGUGGCGGUGAGGAUCACGCCGGCUAAAUACGCCCAGAUCUGCCACUGGAUCCAAGGAGAUCUGAGUCUGUGCAAAGAGGUUUGAACCGACCGAACAAAAGAUCCACAAAAGAAAAAAGAUCUGUUCAUGGAGACUCAAAAACCAAGGAGAUGUCUGAGGAACGGUUAAAAAACCCUUCAUUCAAUAAUAGGACUUAGAAGCUUUAUAACAAGUGUACUUCCUAAGUGAAGUAAAAAUAAGCACUGCAAUCACUCUUCAAACACUGAAUCAGCCAAUAGUGUCUUGCUAUUCAGUAUUGUAUACUGGUGUGAACAAAAGUUUCAAUACCCUUGUAAAGACUGUGUAUGUUUAUCUGGAUCUUCCAAAUUCUCCUAAAACUCUCUGAAGUUCAACAUUUUGAUUAGAAACUUGUCUGUAAUUGAAGUUCUAGGAACAUCAAUAAUCAACCAAUAACUGUUUUUCAACCUGCACAGAAUAAUUAGGUCUAGAAGAACUCAAAGAACCCUUUAUUUUGAAAAAAUUCUUGAAGACUAUCUUGAAAGUGGUUCCUUAAAGAACCUAUUUGUGCUUAUUUUCACCAUUCUGGUGACAAAAGGAGCCAUUUUUUAUUCUUUGAUGCACCUUUGGGAGUUCUUGAAAAGAAAACUCUUGCUAAAGCAUUAUUUGUGGAUCUAAAAAUGGUGCCUCUGUGGCAUCACUUAAAAAGAACCAUUUUUGGUUCCAGUUACCACCUUUUUUCCCCCUCUGAGUCUAUCAGUAUGUGUGUUUUAUUUAUAUAUAUAUAUA